AUGGCUCUAUUAACCUCUAGAAGGAAAAGGGGAAUCUCAACGGUUUCACCUAUUCCAGAAAGGUUUUUUUUUAUUUUCCUAAAUUUUUAAAAUCAGUAAAUCAGGGAAUCGGAAGGUUUUCUCGACAAGAUUGGAGUGAACAAGGAAAAAGUUGAAGUUACAAACACCGUCGUGCAAAAUGUGACAGAAGAAACGACUACAACAGCGGAGCCUUCGUUGAACACGACGUGGACGAGUGAAAACUUAGAUUCUCCGCAAACUACCGUUUCUUCAAAAUUUGACUCGGGAAAGUUCCACACAGUGCGUUCACCAUUUUCUGUCUUGUCCAUCUGAAUAUUUGAAGAUCAACGACUCGCUUCAAGACUGCAAGCGCUUGACUCAACCCGAGCUCGUUGCUGAAUUGAAACAAAAAGGAACUUAUAAUCCUGAGCUGAUGGCCUGGGAUGCUUUGGGUGUGAUCCGAUUUCUAGACAGAACUAUCCACGAGCACUAUCAAGUCUGUUUUUUUCAUAACCUUAAAAAAGUUUCUAAUACUAUCGUCCUUCUUUCUCUAUUCUUCAGGAGUUUACCAGUAAAAUAUUAGUGUUUCGAAAUCCACUCAAAAUUGGGGAAGUUUUUUACUCGUGAAGAUAUAUCUGAAGAAUCAAUAUUGGUCUAGUGUGAAAAAUUCCAGAGGCAGUCAGCGAAGUCGAGAGAAAAGGCAGAAGAGGUUAUAGAAAAGAAUGUCGAGGCAUUAGCCAAUUUGAUGAAAGAGCUGAACGUCACCUGUAACGUGAAAACGGAAGAUCUGAGAGCUCGUCUGCAAAACGUCACAUUGUGAGUUCUCCUGAAGACUCGCUUUCUGAAAAUUUCAUUUCUUGUAGUGCCGAUCCGAAGUCCUUGUCUGAUAACUCCUCACUGCCGCGAAGAAAACGCAUGGACGUCAUCGAGACUUUUCUGCGAGCUCUGAAUGUCAGUUCUUCUGACUUUUCGAGAGCGAGAGACCAGCCCUUGACAGUAGAGGACGAGAGGGUAACGCCCAGGCAAAAGUUGAUAGGUUUCUAUUUUUCCGAGAAAUCAAAAAAUUUCCAAGUUUAGGAGAGUCUCAUGUCGUCCCUUUUGGUUGCGACAAAAGAGGAGCUGAAGAAGACGGUUACUUGAGGCUUUGUGGGGCUUGUCAGGUAGGCGUACUUAUUGAAAACUAGCAGAAUUAUCCGUCAGUUGAGUUCAUAUAAAUAACUUUUCGCACAUUAUUGUGGUAACCACUGUUCACUCCGGGAAAUAGAUUUCUACAGAAUUAUUUUUGCAUGGAUGUGCUGCAUUUAUGCAAACUAGGGAUAACUAGGCAAUUGUGAUGUAACUCUCAAUUUAAGGCUAUCCGACGCUUGCCGGACACUUUCUUCCCUCCUUUCAUCAAUGAAGUUACCUGUGAUACCGACAAAGCUUGUCUUUACUUCUAUGAUUACCGUUCGUUUUUUUUCUUUUUCAAUAAAAAAAUCAUUGUAGCGCAUGGAAAAUGCCGUCAAAAACACAUGAACUUUGUCGUCCUGCGGAACGUCGGAACCAAAGACUGCCAAGUUUGGAAAAAGUUCAAUCUCAACGUUCGCGUUUCUUGUGAAUGUUUUGUUGGUAAGUGGUUAUCCGCAAAAACUACUUAUUAACAAUAAAUUGCAGAUGAAAUGUCGUUUUUUGCGAAAUACGUGUGA